AUGGCUUCCCCUCAGGUCUCCUUUGACUCCCCUAUCACUUCUGCCGCAAGCCCCGCCGCCAAGUCAGACGAGUCGUCCUCGUCGUCCAACGGCAAGACAGCUUUCACGUCUCAAGCGAGUGACCCACCUGUUGACAGCUCCUUUGUCGACUCCGGAUACUCUGGAAGUGACGACGGUAAGGGCAAUAAACAGCCAACCCCUUCCAACACCAAUCCCUUCGACACCAAUCCCCACGUCCAGCAUCUGUUCAAUCGCCUGCUCAGUAGCAACUUCCCUCACCAGCACAAGAUCUUCGGCAACUGGUUCACUGACGAAGUCUUCCCCUGGCUCACUCGGGCUACAUUUGUAGAACCUUCGGUCAGGACCAUUUACCUGCCGCGUGACAAGUGGUACAAGCUAGAGGAACACUUCGCCUCUUGCCAUCAAAUCCGUCGUGGCAUCAUCAAAUUAUUCUACAAUCUCAGCCAGCAACACUUAGCAAUGUCCGUCACCACUCCCUUGCACACAGAAUCCGGCAGGCAGCUGGAGGAAGGUAUCAAUGUUGUCGCGUACCCGAGUGAACAACUCAAGUACACGAAGCUCAAGGCGGAGAGUAGCGAGGCAGCACCGUACUGUGUCACAUCAGAGGGCAAGAUGCUCCAGCAGGUCGCUGACCACAAGCUGUCGGUUGUUCUUCGCCAAGAAUUCAGGCGUCUGCUGGGCCGACGUAGGGUCACUCGAGGAGCCAAAGUGCAACCUCCCCCAUUCUCUUGCGAGGUCACCAAUGUGGAGACGUCCCACAGCGAGCAUGACGGUCACGUUUUACACAAAGCUGCUGUGGGAUCAACAACGGAAACCCUUCGAACAGCCGGUCUCAUGACCAAGUUCGCUCCUGCAGAGGUGGAGGGUGUGGUUUUCUUGCAUGCACCUGCCCCGGCGGCCACUUCCUUGUCUACCCUCGCCAGCCCAGCAGGCGCUCAGGCCUCGGCCGGAUCCCCUUCUCUCCGUCCACCAGCCACUUCCUUGUCUACAACUACUAUUGCCGUCUCGUCUACACUUGCCCCGGCGGCCACUUCCUUGUCUACACCUGCCCUGGCAGCCACUUCCUCCGAGUCGUCUACCCUUGCCAGCCUGGCAGGCGCUCAGGCCCAGGGCCGUCCACGGCGGCAGUCUACCAAGCCAGCGGCCCGAUCCCCUUCUCCCAGUCCAGUGCGGCGGUCUAUCAAGCCAGAGGGAGAAGAGAGUGAGAUAUUCGGUAUCGUCCCGGUCAUUAUCAUCAACCUCCAGGACAGUUCAAUGGCAAAGGGAGAUGGAAAGCCUGUGGGCUGUAAGAUGGUCACCUUCACCUCAGCGGAUGGCAUACUCGAAUUGAAAAUGGCACCCCUCAAAGAUCCCGAUUCUUUCUUUGGCCAACUCUGGAAGGGAGACACGCUACUCACCCCAGAAAGGUCGGCUGCGAUGCUUGUCUUCCUGGACAGAGAGGGUCUGGAGCGCCUGAGGAAGGGUGUCACGGCUGGAUGGAGUGCAGAUCGGUUCAUCGAGGAAGGAGAUGGCAUGCACAUCGUCCCAGACGUCCCAGAGGCACCGGGUGACAGCACCCAGCAAAGCCCCAAAGUACAGCAGGAAUACCGGAGGAUGAUACCAGUGUGGGGGCAGUACGUGCGGCAACUUCGCUAUAUGCAGUGCGCGUACGAAAAGCUGGCCAUCAACGUGAUUCAUGGCGCCAAUUCUGACAAGGUGACUGCGUGGCUGAAAGACGUCCUCCCUCGGCUCAAGGCACAAGAGGCACAGUUGCCUGAGGGUGUCGUGAAGGACGACAACUACGGCCUCGCGUAUGUGGUAGACCUCAUUGCUGAAGGUCUCGCACAGGCAGCAGAAAAAAUGGCCGUGGAAAAGCACCAAAGUAGCUUCUCGGCACAGAACAGUUACCCCAAGGUCUUGUUGGCCGCCGGCAUGAAGCGGACCCAUGGCGAUCCGCGCUGGGUCGAUAUUGAUGACGGCCACCUCAAUGACGGCUACCAAUACCUGCUCGAAGGGACACUGACCAAGAAACCGCGCUUCGAGGACCGGCUUGAGCCACCACGCCCCAUCAUGGACCAUAAGUGGCGCAACCCAGCGGGCCUACAGCAAUACAAUGAGUUUGUUGUAGGAUACAAUGUGGAACGUGACACAGCCCCAGUUGAGGCGGCACAGGAGGCUAAAGACGGGGAGUAUGUUGACACGUCCACUGGCAGUGGGUCCUGUCGGCCCAGUCGGCAGAAGGACAAAGGGAAGGGCACGGCCAAGGGGCAGAACAUGAUGGGCAGGCGAUAG